AGAAUGUGCUCUAACAAUCUCUUGUCAAUCCUCUGUUUUGUCCUAGCCGUUAGCUUCGGUUACGUAUCUGCACAAGAAUGCGGAGAGAAUAUGUCUUUCAGACCAAACGGAACUUACGAUACAAACCGUCGUCUCAUUCUCUCAACUCUAGCUUCCAACGUCAGCUCUCAAGACGGCUACUACUACAACGUCUCGGUCGGUAAAGGCCCAGGAAGAAUCUAUGCCUUAGCCCUCUGUAUUCCACAGACUGAACCAAAGGUCUGUUCCGAUUGUAUCCAACAAGCGUCUGACGGUUUAUCAAAAACCUGUCUAAACCAGACCGACGCAUACCACUGGAUAGAGACGUUCUGUUUUGUUCGUUAUUCCAACCACUCGUUUUUCGACGAGAUAGAACUAGAGCAGCCACAUGCAGUGACCAGUACUGGAAUAUACCAGGGGAACCUUACAGCUUAUACCAGAACAUGGGAAGCUUUCAUGGAAUUUAUGCUCACCCGAGUCGGUCAACCUCGAUACCUGGCCGAGAUAUCCCCUCCGAUAGGUUUUGAUCGUAUAUACGUGCUGAUGCAGUGUAUUCCGGGGUUAUCCUCUGGGGAGUGUGAAACCUGUAUUCGAGCAAAUGUGGGUGUGUAUCAGAGAUGCUGCAAUGGUAGAAUAGGUGGAGUCGUUUACAAUUCGGUUUGUUAUUUCCGAUGGGAUGGUUAUGAAUAUUUUGGUGCCUUUGACGACACGCCAUCUCGACCCACACCAACCCUUCCUCCUCCUCCUCCUCGUCGUCCUCCUCCUCCUCGUCGUCCUCCUCCUCCUACUCUUCCUCCACAUCCCUUAGAUGUAAAAAAGCUUUCUACUGGAGCUAUGGUUGCGAUUGUUGUUUCCUUGGUUAUAUUCGUGGUAUUGUGUGCCUCAGGAUUAGUUAUAUGGAAGAGAAGACAAUCAUACAAAACAUUAAAACCUCAAACUGAUGAUGACAUGACAAGUCCACAGUCUCUGCAAUAUGAUUUUACGACAAUUGAGGCGGCAACAGAUAAGUUUUCAGAGAAUAAAAAACUAGGUCAAGGCGGAUUUGGUGCAGUUUACAAGGGAAUGUUAGCAAAUAAAACAGAAAUUGCGGUGAAGCGGCUAUCGAGAAAUUCAGGACAAGGAACACAAGAGUUCAAGAACGAGGUUGUGAUUGUUGCCAAGCUUCAACACAAGAAUCUUGUUAGACUUCUAGGGUUUUGCGUGGAAGGAGAUGAACAAAUACUUGUCUACGAGUUUGUUCCCAACAAGAGCCUUGACUAUUUCCUCUUUGAUCCAACAAAGAAGAGUCAGCUAGAUUGGAAAAGACGGUACAACAUCAUAGGAGGGAUAACGAGAGGAAUUCUUUAUCUUCAUCAAGACUCAAGACUCACCAUCAUACAUCGUGACAUCAAAGCAAGUAACAUUCUGUGUGAUAUGAACCCUAAAAUAGCGGAUUUCGGAAUGGCUAGGAAUUUCAGAGUGAACCAAACUGAAGACAAGACAGGAAGAGUUGUUGGAACAUUCGGUUACAUGCCUCCAGAGUAUGUGACGCAUGGCCAGUUCUCCACAAAAUCAGAUGUCUAUAGCUUCGGAGUAUUGAUUCUAGAAAUUGUUUGUGGCAAGAAGAAUAGCAGCUUCUAUCAGAUGAAUGAUUCUGGUGGCAAUUUGGUUACACAUGUUUGGAGGCUUUGGAACAAUGAUUCACCCUUAGAACUAAUCGACCCCGCGAUUGGGGAAAGCUACGAGAAGGAUGAAGUCAUUAGAUGCAUCCAUAUUGGACUAUUAUGCGUUCAAGAAAAUCCUGCAGAUCGACCAGAAAUGUCUAUAAUCUUUCAGAUGCUAACCAACAGCUCCAUUAUUCUACCUGUGCCUCAACCACCUGGAUUUUUCUUCAGGAACAGACCCAAUUUAGACCUUUUAACCUAUGGAUCCGAGCAGGGGCAAUCCAGCAGCAAGUCUAUUCCUUGUUCUAUAGACAGUGCAUCAAUUACUAGAGUCACUCCUCGUUGAAACUCUUGCUUUCGCAUUAUGUAUGUAGAUUAGCACCAGUCCGUAAAGCCUUCCUUGUAGCACAAGUAACUCCAGUUUGUCAAAGUCUAUAUAAAGAAAUUGAGCAUUAAAUUAAUUUUGAAAGGGAUGUGUAAUGAUAUAAGAAGUCUAUCAAUAUGAUU